AUGUACCACCUUGUCAAAAGCGUGUAUGCGAAUCUCACCAAGCAGGAGGAGUACUCGGUGCUCAUUAUGGGCCUAGAUAACGCAGGCAAGACCACUCUGCUUGAGCAGCUCAAGUUCAGAUACAAGGUUGGCGGCGAGCAGGCGACCGUCGAUUUGUCGGGGGCUCGUCUGGUGCCGACGGUUGGCCAGAACGUUGCAAGAAUCCAGGUCAACAAAGUCAAUUUGAAGAUCUGGGACGUGGGUGGACAAGAGAGCCUGCGCAACAUGUGGGAGAGCUACUAUGAAGAUGCCCACGUCGUGGUGUUCGUGGUCGACUCGACGGACAGAGCGAGAAUAGAAGAAUGCAGAGAUACUUUAGAUAAAGUCGUGAGCUCCGACGUAUUGGAGGGGACGCCGGUGUUGAUGCUGGCCAAUAAACAGGACAGAGACGACUGCCUGGAGGUCGAGGACAUCAAGGAGAUCUUCAACAAAAUUGCCGAGAAAAUGAGCGCCCGCGACAGCAGGGUUCUGCCCGUCUGUGCCCUCGAUGGCACGGGCGUGGUCGAGGCCGCCGAAUGGAUUAUCAGCCGCCUGCUCCGCAACAAAAAUUACCGCCCCCCUAACCUUGUCUGA